AUGCAGCUUUUCGUCAAAUCGGCGUCCGGCCAGACUCUUGCGGUGCAGGCGUCCCUGCAGGAGACCGUUGCGGCUCUCCGCUCCCGCGCGGGUCUCCGCAGCGACGAGCUCCUCUUCUUCGGCGGCCAGAGCCUCGACGACGCCGCCACCCUCGCCGAGUACGGACUCCAGCGCGAGAGCACCAUUCACGCCGCCCUCCCUGUUGAGGGUGGUAAGGGAAAGAAGAAGAAGAAGAAGAUCUUCACAAAGCCAAAGAAGCCUAUUCACCGCCACAAGCUGGAGAAGAUGCGCGCCCUCAAGUACUUCAACGUCACGGAGAACGACGACGGUUCCUAUAAGGUGGAGCACACUCGCCAGGAGUGCCCAGGACCAAACUGCGGUGCUGCCGUGUUUAUGGCCCAGCACAAGGGACGCAAGUACUGCGGUAAGUGCCACCUGACGUUUACAGUCAAGUAA